AAAUGAGGUCAUGGAACAAGCUAUGGAUGGUGGAUGUGCUCGAAACCGAUACUUCACUUUACAUCUAGUUAUUGGUUGUUUAAAAAUAUUAAUUCGGUGACGAAUCAAACGGCUAAUAAGCCCCUACACAUGUGUGAUGUGUGAUCUGGACAACCUAAUAUCGACUACGUGAUAUAAAUACAAGCCAUCCAUUGUUUCUUUCCGCUAGACCACUUCAACCCCCGCCACCUCGCUAGAUACCAACUGAGCUUUUUAAACUUGAAGCCAGCGGGAAACAGGAGGAUAGGAUAUCUGCAUCACCUCGCCCCUCCAUUUAUCAAAUACCAUGUCGAAAGCAACACUUCCGUUCAAGCCGUCCAGCACUCCAGCUGCAGUGCCGCCAAACGAGGGGCAAGGAAAUGUAUCCCAACGCAUUGAAGGAAAUGAACCAAGGCCCUCACAGAUCAAAUUCGUUCGACCGGCACAAAUGAGCCUCUUUGCUGAUAUCACUAGCUGGCCACCACUGGGGCAUGUUACGUGCUUGAAAAGAACCGGGGAUGGGGAUAAGCUCCGGUUUACCGUUUUGCUCCAGUCAAACCGCUCACUCCCGGAACAGACCUGGGAAGUUUCUAUCUGGCAUAAUGUCAACAGUAGUGAUGCUUGGGAGGCGCUCUCUUUACAAAAGGGAUUAGCAUCCCAACCUAUUCCUCUAUCUGUCGGUCCUCGACCAGGCCCAAAUUAUCACACCUACAGCUUCUCGCAGGAGCUUGACUUCCCGAAGCACGGCAGACAUGCAGCUUUUACUAUCAGAUAUAGAAUUGAUGCAAAUUCCUCAUGGCAGUGGGUGAAUGACCAGUUUGGAAUGAAAGACGGGGAACUAGUUUUUGAACCCACCAGCUUGCAGCUCCUCAAAGGCCUGAAUCCUGUGACCCAGCCAUCAAAGUUGUUAGCAGAGUAUUUAGAUGGCCUUAACCCAAAUCUCCGGAUUGAGGUACAUUCGAGCGAGUCCCCGGGUGCAAUUUUAUGGAGCGUGACAGGGUCCAUUUUGUCUGCGGUUAAUGACAAGAGCACGUACGAAGAGAUAAUUUUUGGCUUCCCGAAGGACUUUGUGAGAUAUUUUGCUCUUGUUCGUAUAUGGGAACCCUGGUUGGCACCUCGACAUGGCUUGAACAAGCUGGCGCUGACGGAGGAUGCCAUCUCUCUGGCAUUUUUGCGCAAGGAUGGAACCCACCUCGUUCUCCUUGCGAUAAGUGGUGUAGAUAAUGUCUUGACUGUUUUCAAAUCAGGGGACAAUGGGCAGGUGGUGACCGCUGUAAAGAAUGAUAGCAUCCACAAUUCAACUUAUCAGGUCCUAGUUGCCGUGGCACCUUCUUUCGAGGUUGCAAAUUCCGCUGUCAUGUACGAGGCACGAAAAGUCGUGAAGAAGCUUUCCGGGUCUGAACAAGCUUCUUCGCCUACGCCGCAAGCGUUAAGUGAGCCAAAGUCACCAUUGGGAAACGAUGUAGUUCUCGUGGAGAAUGAUCCCCAGAUUCAGUGGAUGUCUGAUUGGUAUGACGGCCUAGCUUAUUGUACUUGGAACUCUCUAGGUCAGGACCUCACGGAGGAGAAAAUACUAAAGGCCCUCGAUACGCUAAAGGCGAAUGGCAUUAAUAUUGUCAACCUUAUCAUAGAUGAUAAUUGGCAAGCGCUGGAUAAAAAGGGGGUCGCCCAGUUCAAACGGGGAUGGAUGGAAUUUGAGGCGAAUAAGGAUGGGUUCCCAAAUGGAUUGAAGCAUACAACUAGCAAAAUACGCGAGGCGCAUCCGAAUAUCCAACAUAUUGCUGUCUGGCACGCACUUCUGGGCUACUGGGGAGGUAUUUCACCAGACGGGAAGAUUGCGAAAGAGUAUAAAACCAAGAUUGUCAAGAAACGGGACGGCGUUGCGGGAGGAAGUAUGUUGGCCAUCGACCCAGACGAUAUUCAUCGGUUCUACGACGAUUUGUACAAAUUUCUUCUGGCGGCCGGGGUUGACUCUGUGAAGACAGAUGCACAGUUUUUUCUCGACUUGCUCCAGGAUCCUAAAGAUCGGGUCCGGUUCACAUCAGCGUACCAGGACGCCUGGUCCAUUGCUUCAUUGCGGCAUUUUCAGGCCAAAGCAAUCAGUUGCAUGUCGCAGACCCCGCAAAUCAUUUUCCAUUCACAGGUGCCGACUAAUAAGCCACGGAUCCUCUUGAGAAAUUCAGAUGAUUUCUUCCCUGAUAUUCCAUCCUCCCACCCGUGGCACGUAUUUUGUAACGCGCAUAACGCUCUAUUGACCCAGCAUCUCAACGUCAUCCCUGAUUGGGACAUGUUUCAGACUAGCCACCCGUAUGCGUCAUUCCAUGCCGCAGCUAGAUGCGUCUCUGGCGGUCCGAUAUACAUCACUGAUGUGCCAGGCGAACAUGACAUCAACGUCAUCAACCAGAUGACAGCCCCGACAACUAGAGGCAACACAGUUAUUCUCCGGCCCAGCGUCCUAGGCCGUUCUAUUGACGUAUAUCACAACUACAACGAAGGGAAGAUGCUUAGGGUUGGUAGCUAUAACGGAUGGGCUAAGACCGGCAGCGGAAUCCUGGGGCUCUUCAACAUCAGCGCUCAGAAAAUCAGCUCCAUAGUCUCCAUUCUUGACUUCCAUGGCAUCUCACCUGGCAGUGAUGAUGAAUACGUAAUUCGCGCUCAUUCCACGGGUGCAAUCACACACGUAAUGAAACCCUCCAGCCAGGACUGUCUAGUCGCCGUGUCGCUCCAGACGAAAGGCUGGGAGAUUUUAACCGUCUACCCAGUCUACAGCUUCAAAAUGCCAAACCGACAUGGCAACAAGGAUGCAGGUUCGAAUACUAACGACAUUACGCCCACACGUGUCGCUGUCCUAGGCCUUCUGGGCAAAAUGACGGGCGUCGCUGCGAUUAUCAGCUCGGAUGUUUUCCUUGCUGCUAACGGCCGGCUCAAGUUUGAUGUUACUCUUAAGGCUUUGGGAACGCUAGGCAUUUAUAUUUCUGACAUUGACACUCGCACCAUAGCAAAAGAUUUCAUGGUCAUGCUUUCGGGGCGAGCGGUACCAAUGCACACAGUUCAGAUACAGCCUACGGGAGAAGAUGACCAGAAGGUGGUUGCAAUUGAUGUUGCAGCAGCAUGGAAGGAGAUGGGCUUGGUUAGCGGUUGGAGUAACGAGGUUGUGGUUCAGGUUUUCAUGAGUUAAUUCCCAUUUUGCCAUUCAUUUCCCUUCUUUGCCUGUUUUGAUCACCACUCAAUAUUUGUGUCGAAUUGGUAAAUUUUGGAAGCUGGCCUAUUCACUUAGUACCUUGCCUAGAAUUACAGGGCCUCAAUGUGAUUUCAAAACGAUUCCUCCCAGUGCAAGAGCCGUGGCCCUGUCGUGUUUAUGCCAUUUUUUUUGUAAAUAGAAAGCUUAACUGGAACAAAAACUACGGGUAACUACGCCUAACCUUUUAACUAUUUCUUAGCUGGCGUUUGAGAAACGCGAAAGGAUUCUCCACUCGCGGCGGAUUAUUAUUUAUCCGAUGUCUUU